UUUUUUCAGUUUCUAUACGUAUUACAUUCUGAUAAAAAAUAUGGAAAGUACAAAAAAGUCUGUGAAGCAGGAGGACUGUUCGUGUGUGGUUAAAGAGAGACAGUGGGCAAUACUGGCCAAGCAUAUACCAUGUAAUGCCUUCUCCAUGUUCAUGCAUGUCUUUUAACCCGGAAACAAGAAGACUGUCCAUAGGUCUAGACAAUGGUACAAUCUCAGAGUUUAUUUUAUCAGAAGAUUAUAACAAGAUGACUCCUGUGAAAAACUAUCAAGCACAUCAGAGCAGAGUGACGAUGAUCCUGUUUGUCCUGGAGCUGGAGUGGGUGCUGAGCACGGGGCAGGACAAGCAGUUUGCCUGGCACUGCUCCGAGAGUGGGCAGCGCCUGGGAGGUUAUCGCACCAGUGCCGUGGCCUCGGGCCUGCAAUUUGAUGUUGAAACCCGGCAUGUGUUUAUUGGUGACCACUCAGGCCAAGUAACCAUCCUCAAACUGGAGCAAGAAAACUGCAGCCUGGUCACAACGUUCAGAGGACAUACAGGUGGGGUGACGGCUCUCUGCUGGGACCCCGUCCAGCGCGUGUUGUUCUCGGGCAGUUCCGAUCACUCUGUCAUCAUGUGGGACAUCGGUGGGAGAAAAGGAACGGCCAUCGAGCUCCAAGGACACAAUGACAGAGUCCAGGCCCUGUCCUAUGCACAGCACACGCGGCAGCUCAUCUCCUGUGGCGGCGACGGUGGGAUCGUCGUCUGGAACAUGGACGUGGAGAGGCAGGAGACCCCUGAGUGGUUGGACAGUGAUUCCUGCCAAAAGUGUGAUCAACCUUUUUUCUGGAACUUCAAGCAAAUGUGGGACAGUAAGAAAAUUGGCCUGAGACAGCACCACUGCCGAAAGUGCGGGAAGGCUGUCUGUGGCAAGUGCAGCUCCAAGCGCUCCUCCAUCCCUCUGAUGGGCUUCGAGUUUGAAGUGAGGGUAUGCGACAGCUGCCACGAGGCCAUCACAGACGAGGAACGUGCGCCCACCGCCACCUUCCAUGACAGUAAACAUAAUAUUGUUCAUGUGCAUUUUGAUGCCACCAGAGGCUGGUUACUGACUUCAGGAACUGACAAGGUUAUUAAGCUGUGGGAUAUGACCCCGGUUGUGUCUUGAUGACACUCUUAGGCAUCAGAAAGAUAGUAUUUACUCAAGAAAUGGUGGUUCUAAUCCAAGUCAUUACUGGAGCGGGAAAGCAGAUGCGUGAGAAGGAAGAGAGAAGCUGAGUUUGCACGUCAGCCGCGCCACAGUGCUGAGCAUCAGUGAACUCGUGAGGGAACUCUUUCAACUUGUUCAUACAACAUAAAAGAAGAUAUUUUUUUAACAAAGGGAUUAUACAGUCUGGCUGUGCUACAUUGUUGUGAGUAUCCUGGAGUAUCCUGAAAACUGAGUGUGGGGUGUUUCAUUUUCAUAUUUUUCAGCACUUCAUUUUCGUUGUUGCUUUGUGCAUUGGAGAAAUAAGGGUGGUUGUUAAGUAGUUCCCGUGUUUCCUUCACUUGGGCACGUGCCUUGCAUCCUGUGAUCAGCAUCUUUUUCUUCUCUGUGUUUCCACCCUCACCUUCAUCUGCCUUUUGCCAGAGUUGGUGGCAUUUACGGUUUAUUCGUGGCGUUUCUGCUUCCAUAGAAAUCCUCUUCCAUUGAGAGAUUUGGAAAAUCAUUUAUGUGGGUUUCCCAACUGACUUCUUGAAUCACCUGGAGAAGCAUCCGUUUGUAAUGUUGGGGUCACUCACGUUCUCAUGGAGUGGAAAUGAUCUUGUGUUUUGGCCACUGUUUUUCUCUGUCUUUCCCCCGUUUAAAAAAAAAAUGCUGGGAGAAAGCUGCUCCUAAACACUGUCAUCACAGAGGCACAUUUUCAUAACUCAGACCUUCAACCCUCAGUGCCUGGAUCAUUUCUAAUUCUGAUCCUUUUAUGUUUUAAUUUUAUUGACACAGCUCUCUGUCGCUCAUAUUAAAAACAAAAUCUUGCGUCCUCCAAGAAUAGUGUCUUUAAGAUGUGUUUUUCCGUGUGAUGUCACCUCUGAACUUGAACGUCUUCAUUGCUUUGAGGUUGUAGCCUGCUUUUAUUCUUCACUGUCUGUAUUUUCUUCCCCUUUCAAAACUAGAUAUUUAAAGAUUGUUAUCUUUAUGUAUUUUAUCUGAAUCCUUUGCACACUUUCAUACCUGUGUGGUCUGAGACGUGGAAGGCACUGAACCCUGCAGCUCAUGCCCUGUUCCUGUGGGCUUGUAUGGGGUGAGGGGCUGUAGAAAAUACACCUGCAGAACUCACUUUAAGGGAAUCCAGUCAAACUUGAUAAAUUGAGGUGUUCUUGUGUGUAGUGACUCAACUUGGGAUCCUGAAGCCUUUUUUAAAAAUCUGAUUUUCACCUGUGAAAACAGGAUUUAAAUUAGCAGCAGGCGUGUGCUGUGUGCCCUCUCCGUUUCUAAGCACUUUACGGGUACCACCUCAUCCAGCCCGCACCUGUCAGGAGCAUGGGGUGGAGGGGGCCCCUGAGUCCUUGGGGUUCAUCAGGUUAAACAGAGCCUUGCAGAUGAACAGGCCAAUUACUUGCCCUUCUCAUUCUGAGCCCUGGCUCCACAGGGUCUUGUCCUCUUCCGAUUUGACAACUUGGAGGAUGGUAGUAUUUAAAAUCCUCCCUAUUUUUUCUCUUUUCCUGGAAAGCAGUUUGUUUGUUUUUUUCCCUCAUGAUCUUUACUUUCCUUUCUAACCGGGAGAAACUACCAGCCAUACUCGGAUACUAC